AUGUUACGAAAGCUUAAGAUCGUUGAUAGUGGGUAUGAUUUGGACGUCUCAGGGAUUGGCAGCUCGUGUGAUGUUGUCGCCAGUGUCCCCAUUGGUUAUGUGCCACCGAAGGCUGCAGCAGAUGUGGAGGAAUGGCUUUGUGAGGACAAGCCAAUGAUAGAAGAGGAGCUGAACAAGCAAAAUAAUCUUCUUAUGUAUUUGCACCGUCAGAUAACUACCGUUUCGGAUGCUGGUGGAGAUGCAUCUUUCUUGGAAUCACAACUAUGGCGUGUUCAAAGCGCAAUUACAGCUCUGAAAAGGCGAAUGAAGGCGGUGGCUGAACCGACGCCAUCCAUCACAAGACCAUCGUCCGCUGAGCAGCCGUGUAUGGAAAUGUUCGAAGAGAAACAGUUGAUGGCUGUACAAAGUAUGCUAAGACAGGACCUUCUUGAAGAGAAACGCCGGAUAGCUCGCCUUUGUUGGAAAAUGCAUGCAAAGGAAGCACCCAACAUGAAUAUUGUGGAAUCUGAAGAGGUCUGGCAGGAACGUUGUUUACUAGAAGAGGCAGCCAGAGCUGCCCUAACAACGGAGAUCAUUCGCCUGCGGAACGAGUGUGCGUCAUUGCGGGCAAAGAUCGAGUGCGCUGGUCAAACAACAGCAGUAGUCGUCAGAUACGUAGAGAUGUUGAAAGGCGCUGGCGCUGGUUCUGUUGGCACCCUGAGAUGUGCCUUUUUUGAGGAUGUGGCGUUUUUCGAAGCAUGA